AUGAUGGUCCCCCAGAAACAAAUCGAGCAAGCCGCAAACGUGCCAGGCUUCUCGUCAGAACCCACCUGGAUUGGUCCUGAGAAACAGAUUGAGGAAACCUCAGACGCGUCCGAGUCGUCGUCAGAAUCCGCCUCGGUCCUCCUCAAAAUACCACCACCCCCAGACGGCGGCAUCCUAGCAUGGCUACACGUCUUCUUUGGGCACAUGGUAUUUUUCAACACAAUUGGCAUGACAAACAGCUACGGCGUCUUUGAGCAAUACUACACUGAGACUCUAGGUCAUUCACCCAGCACGGUAGGAUGGAUUGGGGGCAUCCAAAUGUUUCUGAUCUUCUUCGGAGGCGUGUUUUCAGGCCGUGCCACUGACGCAGGCUACUUUCGGCAUUGUUUUGUUGCAGGUGUUGUGUUGCAAGUGCUCGGGAUUUGCCUUACCUCGUUUUGCGAGGACAAGCUUUAUGCGAUUUUCUUGUGUCAGGCUGUCUGUUAUGGAUUGGGUGCUGGUUUGGUUUUCACGCCUGGAUUGUCGGUGACGAGUUCCUAUUUUGCGAAGAAGAGGACUCUUGCAGUUGGAAUUGUGGCGGCUGGUGGUGCUACAGGCGGGAUGGUGUACCCUGCGGUCGCCAACGUGUUGCUGUAUCAUUCUGAUGUGGGAUUUGCCUGGACAAUGCGCGUUAUGGCAUUGAUUAUGCUGAUUACACAUAUCCCGUCUAUGAUCGGAUAUAGAUGUUACAUCCCACCUCGUUCUACAGGCCCACUAGUCGAAUGGAGCGCGUUUCGUGAAAAGCUAUUCGUCACUUUCAUCGCUGCAAACUCUCUUUCUUUCUGGGGCCUGUACAUGGCCUUCUUCUACCUCGGCACUUUUGCACGCAGCACAAUCCAUCUUUCUGACUCCUUGAGUCUUGUCAUUGUGCUCAAUGGCGCCGGUGUUAUCGGUCGAAUGGUCCCUAACAUCCUUGCGCAGCGGUUCACGGGUGUUACAAACAUGAACAUCAUCUGCAACGUCAUCUGCGCCAUCUACAUAUUCUGCUGGAUGGCGAUCGACAGCACUGCCGGACUGUAUGUCUGGAGUGUCGUUUACGGAUUGUUUGCCGGAGCCGCACAGGCACUGUUUCCAACUAUGGCGACUCACCAGACUACCGAUAUGAGUAAAAUAGGCACUAGGACAGGAAUGGUGUUUACGAUUAUUAGCUUCUUCUGUUUGACGUCGCCGGCGAUUGAGGGUGCUCUUAUACAAAUGGAAGGAGGGGAUUAUAUGGCUGCACAGUUGUUUUCGGGUUGUACUGUACUUGUAGGUGCUGGGUGUUUAGUGUUGAAUCGGUGGUUCAGGGUUGGUUGGGAGAUGGCUAAAAUUUAA